UCAAAAAUAUUUAUUAUCCCGGUUAGGUUGAAGUUACACUAAUCAUGUUAUUAUUUCAUUUCAUAGAAGUCAGCAAUUCCGAAUCAAAUUGCUAUACUGAAAGAAAAGGAGCGAAAGGCGGCGAUACCCUCCAAGCUGUUUUUCAGUUUUUGGCCCUUGGAAAAGACUUUGGAGGAGAGGAGUGGAUCCGCUGGUCCGUCUUGGGCUGGCUUUGUUCAUCUAACAACGGCUCUAAGGAGAGAACCUUGUGAAAAAAUUAGAAGGGGCAAAGAGUGUAUGCAGGCUUUUCCUAAAUUCUUGAUUGCAUCCCCUUCAUUUCACGGUGGUCGUGGUGCCCUACCUUCAGCUGGUGGGCAUCCCGCGGAUCUUACUUACCUUGCUGGUGGUGGGUGCUGAUACAAGCAUCUGUAAAGCUGUGAAUGGAGCUAUAGUGUUUUAUUGUUGUUUUAGGAAUUAGGACUACUUUUAUACAGAUGGUUACUGUGAAAUGGCUUGAAGAUAAAAGCUUUCUAGCGAAGAAUGGAAAGUCUAAGCAGCUAGAAGAUUCUUUCUCGUUUCUUCAAGGUAUGAAUUUCCCUAUUUACUGCUUCGGUAUCCAAUCUCUUGAGGAAGACACUUCAUUUGAAGGUAUUUCAUGCAUCAUUGAGGAAGAACAAAGUAUAUUGGAUGCUGUUCUGCUAUCUCAGUGGGAAGAUCGGAUGUUGAAAGAUUGUUUCAAGUAUGAUGUGACAACCUCAGAAAUUAAAGUUGUUACUGGAAAGAUGAAGUUUCUUUGUCAACUGAAUGAAGGGCAGAUAAAAGAUCAUCUUUCGAAAUCUGAGGGAAAUACACUCCUUGAAUUGGAUCCGUUUGUGUUUGACUGCGUGAAACACCAAGAGGAACUACUUUUUUGUCUUGCCAACAGUAAGAAGGCAAAAUCUGAGCUUAUUCCUUCAGCUUCUGUGCCUGACAGUGCCGUCUUAGUGAUCAUCAAUGUAACCCCUAUUGAAUAUGGUCACGUCUAUCUGGUACCUUGUGCCUCAAACAGACUUUAUCGUUUCCUCGAUGCAAGAUCCACUGAAAUAAUCGCAAGGCUUGCUGCAGAAAUUAAUAACCAAUCAUUUCGCAUAUUCUACAAUUGCUAUAUACCUAAUUGUUCUGGUGUAUAUUUUGAGGCUUGCUACUUCCCUCACCCUUUACCUGUGGAGUUCAGGCCUGCAGGUACUUUAUUUGGUGCUAGUGGUAGGAGAGGGAUUCACAUAUGUUCUAUCAUAGACUAUCCUAUUAAAACCCUCUCUUUCCAGACCACCCAAAAUCUCAAAAUACUGGCUGCAGCUAUUUCUGAGAUAUGUUUUCAGUUAGAGGAAAAGAACAUUCAAUAUAAUCUGAUGAUUUCUGGUUCUGGCAAAAAGAUUUUUUUGUUUCUUCAGAAAACUUGUGCAGCCUCUCAUGCCAUCUCAGCCUGGGAAUGUGGGGGCUACUUGUUGUUCAGGAAUAGGUACCAAUUUGAUCAAGUUACUGAGGAUGCCAUGGUUAAUAGACUGAGCAGUUUCUCCCUUGACGAUAACAACUUUGAAGCGGUGAAGCAGCUUUGUUGCAGCAUUGCCAGUAAAUUUGAUGUUUGAUCUAAAAGUUUUUAAAUGCAUGUUUAUAUAUUUUGGAAUUAUGUUGCUACUGGAAUCUUGUUUUUCUCCUAUUGCCUAUUGGGAACUUAGGCUUGUAAUAGGGGGUUGACUUGUUUGUUUAUGAGGAUGACAGGAUCAAAUGCUAUAUUUGGAAGUUGUUUUGCUGAUCA